AUGGACAAUGGUCUUGCUGAAGUUGCACUUGAGGCUGCAAAAACUGAGAUUGCGAAGAAGGAGCAGCAGCUGUGGAAAGCUGCUAAAUCUGAGCCUGCCCAAGGGUCCUGCCCGGCCGGUUUUCAGAAGCGCGACCCGGUUGCUUUGAGGACACAGGAUGUGGUUUCGGAUGGCAAGCCUCCGCAAGCCCCGCCCGCGAAACGAGUUAAACACCAGCCAACGCCACCGGGCCAGCCAAUCAAGAGAGAGCCAUUGGGCCAGGCCCCCGUAAUCAAGAAGGAGCCGUUGGGCCAGCCAAUCCAGAGAGAGCCAUUGGACCAGCCACCCAAGAGAGAGCCAUUGGACAGAGGGCUUGGUGUAGAUCAUCUAGAUCCAAUCAACGCCCGAAGCAAGCGAGAGCCGUUGUUGAAGCCAAUCAAGAGAGAGCCAGAUGAUGACUGGAUGGGACGGGUGGGUGUGAAGACGGAGAAACCCUGCACACCUGAGAAGCCUGCAAAGCCACCCUGCGCACCGGAGAAGCCUGCGGAGCCACCCUGCGCACCGGAGAAGUGUGCGGAGCCACCCUGCACACCGGAGAAGCCUGCGGAGCCACCCUGCGCACCGGAGAAGUGUGCGGAGCCACCCUGCGCACCGGAGAAGCCUGCAACCACGAAGGACAAGGUCGAGGAAUCUCAGGCCAAGGGCCUGGAAGGCCAGACCGAUGGCCACACUUCCGGGAGCCUCCCAGGCAAGGAAAAGCCAUCGCUUUUGUCGAGUGCUGCAGUGUUGUCUCCUGCCGAGCAGCAAGCCCUUGCGAAAGGUAAGCCCACAAAGCGCAAAGGCAAAGGCAAGCCUGAGCCAGAUGAGGAUGGUGAGGGUGCCGAUGGGAGUGGGGAUGAGGCUUCUGAUGCAAAGCCGAAGCGUGGCCCAGGACGCCCGAAAGGUUCCAAGCAGAAGCCUGCGGCCAAGGCCAAGGCCAAGGCCAAGGCGAAGGGAAAAGCGAAAGCAAAGGCCAAGGCAUCCGCGAAGAAGAGAGACGAGAGUGAGAAACCGAAGACACCCAUGAAAGCCAUGAAAGCUGCGGUCAAGAAGGGGGUGGAUGAGGAGAAGCAAAGAAAAAGCCGCAAGUCCUGCGCAUAUCAUAAGACCCGAACAAGCAAGAUCAGGGAGGGCUUCUCGGAGGAAGAAGCAAUCAAAUUGGCCAG